UCCAUUUGUUUGCACUCUGCAUCACACUUGUGUCCAAUCUCUGCAUCACGCUUGUGUCCAAUCUCUGCAUCACACUUGUGUCCAAUCUCUGCAUCACACUUGUGUCCAAUCUCUGCAUCACACUUGUGUCCAAUCUCUGCAUCACACUUGUGUCCAAUCUCUGCAUCACACUUGUGUCCAAUCUCUGCAUCACACUUGUGUCCAAUCUCUGCAUCACACUUGUGUCCAAUCUCUGCAUCACACUUGUGUCCAAUCUCUGCAUCACACUUGUGUCCAAUCUCUGCAUCACACUUGUGUCCAAUCUCUGCAUCACACUUGUGUCCAAUCUCUGCAUCACACUUGUGUCCAAUCUCUGCAUCACACUUGUGUCCAAUCUCUGCAUCACACUUGUGUCCAAUCUCUGCAUCACACUUGUGUCCAAUCUCUGCAUCACACUUGUGUCCAAUCUCUGCAUCACACUUGUGUCCAAUCUCUGCAUCACACUUGUGUCCAAUCUCUGCAUCACACUUGUGUCCAAUCUCUGCAUCACACUUGAGUCCAAUCUCUGCAUCACACUUGUGUCCAAUCUCUGCAUCACACUUGUGUCCAAUCUCUGCAUCACACUUGUGUCCAAUCUCUGCAUCACACUUGUGUCCAAUCUCUGCAUCACACUUGUGUCCAAUCUCUGCAUCGCACUUGUGUCCAAUCUCUGCAUCACACUUGUGUCCAAUCUCUGCAUCACACUUAUGUCCAAUCUCUGCAUCACACUUGUGUCCAAUCUCUGCAUCACACUUGUGUCCAAUCUCUGCAUCACACUUGUGUCCAAUCUCUGCAUCACACUUGUGUCCAAUCUCUGCAUCACACUUGUGUCCAAUCUCUGCAUCACACUUGUGUCCAAUCUCUGCAUCAAACUUGUGUCCAAUCUCUGCAUCACACUUGUGUCCAAUCUCUGCAUCACACUUGUGUCCAAUCUCUGCAUCACACUUGUGUCCAAUCUCUGCAUCAAACUUGUGA